AAGUGAUGCUUCAGCGGCUUUACAGCGAGAAUCCCGAAGGAGGACAGACACACUCUCACUUUUCAAAGACUGGAGUGAAGGCAGCACGUCACGUCUCUGAUUUAUGUCACAUGGCAGCCAGCGACAGUCAUCCCCGCUCCACCUGAAACUCACUGUGAAGCCGGAUUUCUCUCUCUCUCUCUCUUGUUGCUGCGGGAGUUUUCUCACAGACUGAUCUCUGUAGGAUCUCUAACAUUGGGCUGCGCUCCAAUUCAUUAAAGCACUCUUUGUAGAAAAGGAGGGCUGUCUGUUAGUCCUGCUCCCAGUUUGGACCCCUAAAGAGCUUCAACAUCAUCACAACUUCCAGUGCUGAGGAUGAGGCAUGUAUCUCUGACCCUGCUGAGGGGCGUGUCCCUGCUCCUGCUGCUCCACACGGCCAUCUCCAUGGUGCUGCUACCAAACUCCACGGACCUGGAGCAAAUUCUGGAAAAGUAUCAGGAUGAAGAGGGAGAUUGGUGGAAGGCCAAGCAGAGGGGGAAGAGGGCCAUUACGGACAAUGACGCUCAGCUCAUCCUGGACCUCCACAACAAGCUUCGAGGCCAGGUUUAUCCGCCUGCCUCCAACAUGGAGUACAUGGUGUGGGACACAGAGUUGGAACGCACAGCUGAAGAGUGGGCAGAGACGUGUCUGUGGGAGCACGGUCCUGCCGGUCUGCUGCCUCAGAUCGGACAGAACCUGGGAGCACACUGGGGAAGGUAUCGCCCUCCUACGUUCCAUGUGCAGGCCUGGUACGAUGAAGUGAAAGACUUCUCCUUCCCUUACCCUCAGGAGUGUAACCCCUACUGCCCCUUCAGAUGCUCCGGCCCAGUUUGUACUCAUUAUACACAGCUGGUUUGGGCCACCAGCAGCCGGAUUGGCUGUGCGGUCAACAUGUGUUACAACAUGAAUGUGUGGGGGCAGAUUUGGGCCAAAGCAGUCUAUCUGGUCUGCAACUAUUCACCAAAGGGAAACUGGUGGGGCUAUUCGCCUUACAAACAUGGGACCCCCUGCUCUGCCUGCCCACCCAGCUAUGGAGGAGGAUGCAAGGACAACCUCUGCUACAAAGAUGACAGCUCCUACCCUCGUCGAGAGGAAACGGAAGAAAACAACUUCAUCGAGCCGGAGGCCCCCCGCACUCCACAGAAGCCAUGGUCGAGGGCCCCCAAGCCAGAGCCUCCCAGUCUCCCUGAACCAGCCCCCACCCAGCCCCCCACAGAGGACCUGCAGAAGAAUGAAGUGGUCAACACACAGCAGAUGUCUCAGCUUGUGACCUGUGACACCAAGCUCCGAGAUCAGUGUAAAGGAACGCCAUGUAAUCGAUAUGAGUGUCCUGCUGGGUGCCUGGACGCUACAGGGAAGGUGGUGGGAACAGUAUACUAUGAAAUGCAAUCCAGUGUGUGCAGAGCUGGUCUGCAUGCUGGUGUUAUAGACAACGAUGGAGGCUGGCUGGACGUAACAAGAGAAGGAAGAAAGGAAUUCUUCAUCAAAUCCAACAAGAAUGGAGUCCAGUCUCUAGGAAAGUAUCAAAGCGCUAACUCCUUCACAGUCUCGAGAGUGGCAGUACAAGCCAUCACAUGUGAAACCACAGUUGCACAGCUGUGUCCUUAUGAGAAGCCUGCAAAACAUUGUCCAAGGCUUUACUGCCCAAGGAACUGUUUAGAAGAGAAUCCUCGUAUAUCUAGAUUAAUCGGUACCAGAAUAUACUCUGAUAAGUCCAGUAUAUGCCGAGCAGCAGUGCACGCUGGAGUAAUCAGGAAUGGCGUGGGUGGAUACAUCGAUGUGAUGCCAGUUGACAAGCGGAAACAUUACAUUGCCUCAUUCCAAAAUGGCAUUUCCUCUGAAAGCCUCCAAAACCCUCCUGGAGGGAAGGCGUUCCGGGUGUUCGCUGUGAUUUGAGUGUCCCUGAGGGCGGCUUCACCAAACAGAGAGCGCACUUGGGCUGUUGAAUAGGCGGUAAUCAAGCCCUGUUGUCAAACUCAAUGACUGAAAUGUUUCUGGCUUUGCUACACUCCCGGGGUUAGAGGUCGUCUCCAUGACAGCGUAACAGAAAACUUGACACAUAAACAAAAAGAAUAUUUCAGUGCUCACUCACAUAAAGGUUUCAUUUUGCUGCAUUUUUUGUGGGGAUUGAAUGAAGUGUAAAUAUGUUGUUGUACAUAUUUGUUAAUAUUAUAACAAGUAUUUUGUCUUUGUGCCAUUGCCUUGCCCUUUUUAGUAACUAUCUUAUAGAAAUCAUAGGUUAUUAUAUUAUAAUGGCACUUACGGAUGAAUAUCUUUUGUAUUGUAUUAAGUCUGGCACAUUUUUACUGGUGCUCUGGAGAGGUUUCUUGACAUAUUUUGUACUUUUUUAAUAAUUUGGGGACAAAUUGUAAUGCAUUUAUUUUUGUAUGAUUACGCUUUAUAUCAUUAUGAUUUAUAAAGGAUGCUGCUAUGUGGUUUUUUUAUGUAUAUGUAUUAUUGUAAUUGCCAGUGUGAUGGGUUUUGUUUGAUCAUUUUUCCAGAUAAUGUGGUUUAGUUAAAACUCCCUGCAGGUCGGGAAGUGCACUCAUCACUCAGAGUUGUCAUUCUGUAAACAAAACCUAUGUGCCCAGCUUCAUCAUGCAUCACAAAUUACUGAGUGUUGCAACCCCAAAGUUGUUUUCAGGUGAUCCAUCUCACUCUGACUAUAAAAGACAAGUUAUACUGUGCAACAGUUUUAAGGGCUGAAGGGGAACGGUGUUUAAAUCAACAAACUUAUUUGUUGUUUUUACCAACUCAGCUUUGUCUCAAUACAACCAGUAUAAUGGGCAGUAUGUUGUAUUUGUGUCUUCUUUUCUCUUUGCAUUCUACAUAUUUUCCUACCUCAGCUUGUUAGGAAAAGUCAAUUUUGCAAUAAAACAUUACAACCACAGCA